AUGCAGGUUUUUGCCCGAGCACAGUCAAGUUAUCAUCGUUUGUCGACUCUUUCGACUCUUUCGCAACAAAUUCCAAUUAGAGCCUUUACGACCAGCACAAUAAAUCGUGCAGCCCAAGGUUUGUCGAUUGCGGGCGGAUCGGGAUACUAUUAUCUUCUAGACGAGUAUCAUACCGCUUCGAAUCUUUUAUUAAGUUCAGUUGAAGAAUUACAGAAAUCUACAAGCAAGGUGCGUGAUUAUGCGCAAAAAAUUGAAAGAGUUGAGGACGAACUAAAAGCUCUUCAAGAAAGUGCUGCCACUACAGAUCAAGUAAAAGAAUUGAGGAGUGAAGAUGGACUUGAUCAACAGAAUCUUGAAUUAAAAGAUGUGGUAUGGAAUCUUGAGCAAGAUGUUCAUCCUUUAGUGAACGGUAGUCAAAAACGUAGUCAGCCUGUAAUAAACACAUAG